CAGGCUAAUGCUUUUUGGAUUGUGCUCAGCAAUUUUUGGACAGACUGGAAUGUUUAUCCCUUAAUAAAGAGAGAGACAAUAGAGAGGCUCUGUUCUCACUGGUGUUGACGCGGGAUAGUGGGUAGGUGGGGCGGAUAGCUGUCAAAAUAUCAGCACCUCUCCUCCUCCUCCUCACUUUCAAACUAUAUGUUGAGGGUCAUCAACAAUACAACACUCAGAAGCGAGCUAGAAGUCAUCAGUCACUGUUAAAAGCUCUCAGCCUGAACUUACAAAUCCAGAUUUUUGUUUUGAAAUCCAGGCUUCCUUCCUUUGAGCAUCAUGACUGGAACAGCGGUGGUUCUGAUGAGCCUGGUCCUCAUCCUCUCUGUGGACGCAGAGGAUAAAUCAAGACUCUACCGCAGACCUGCAUGUGGAGGACUGAGUGUCAACCAAGCAUGUCCUCUCAACUACUCUCCUGUGUGCGGUAAUGAUGGCAUCACAUACGUCAAUGAAUGCAACCUGUGUGUGCAGAGAAUGCACACAAAUGCAGACAUUAUGAUUGUGAAAGACGGACGCUGCUGAGGCUGCUCUUAUGAUAUCAUCACUUCACUUUUCAUAUCUAUGUUUGUUUAAGAGUGUUGUUUGCUAUGCUCAUC